GUCCAAUGAAGAAGAAGAAACCUGAAGGAGGAGAGAUUACUAGAAACAAACUCGGUUUACCCUUUUAUCUGUGGAUUAAUUGUCGGAGUAAAGGACCUAGUGCAUUUCAGGCAAAAUAACAACCCAAUGUUUAUAUCCCAGGACAAAUUAGCUAUCAACAGCAAGCUAGUUAGCUAAAUUGCCAUAAAUGUUUGCUUUUCGACCUGUCCCCGAAUUAAUAUAGUUGAUUCAGAGUUUGUUUUCAUAUUUCAACCUGCGUGUCCUGAUCGCGUCUGGUGUGGAUGGACAAAAUUAACAUGCACACAAUGGCACACACGCGGUCUGGUCAGCAUGUUGGGGUCCGUGUCUCAUGUUCAACAUACUGUAAGCAGCUGGAACUCCCAUCUUACCCAUAAGUCUGUGGUCCUCCCCCUGUUAGUGUGGAUGUAGGGGAGUCCCCUGCCAUCCCCUAUGUGUAUGUCAACUCGUCCGGGAUGGUGAAGAACAACAAACCCAUCCAGGUGGUGUCUGCAUGUGACCUGGAGCUGUACGCCUUCCCUUUCGAUAAGCAGAACUGCACGCUGACCUUCCGCAGCUGGCUUCACUCAGUGAAUGAGGUGAACCUGACACUGUGGAGGAGUGCGGAGGAGAUCGCAAAUGAUCAGAAGUCAUUUAUGGACGAUGGCGAGUGGGAACUGUUGUCUGUGCCCUCCCGCUACUGGCAUCUCCGCCUGGACGACAGAGACUACGCCCACAUCCAGUUCAACGUGUUGAUCCGCCGGCGCCCCCUGCUGUACGUGGUGAGUCUGCUCAUCCCCAGCAUCUUCCUCAUGGUGGUGGACGUCAUCAGCUUCUAUCUGCCGCCCAACAGUGGCACCCGUAUCACCUUUAAGACCAGCAUCCUCCUGGGCUACACAGUCUUCAGGGUCAACCUGAUGAACGAGAUGCCUGCCACCGCCAUCAGAACACCACUCAUAGGUGUGUUCUUUGCGGUCUGCAUGGCGCUGCUUGUGCUGAAUUUAUCCAUCUCCAUCUUUGUGGUGAAGCUCCUCCACCACAACGAGAAGGAGGUCAAGGAGAUGUCAGUGUCCGCCUGCCUCCUCGACAAGUACGGCUCGUCCAGCCAGACCUUCCUCGAGAGCAACUUCACCUCUGUCAAAACGCUGGUCGACGUGGAUCAGUGUGGGGGCUAUGAGUUUGACCUGGCUCCAGAGGAGGACCUACUGUCCCUGAGCGAGCUCCAGGAGAGUGCUCCACGGCUGGAGAGGCUGCUCCAGGAGGUGGUGGCCCUGCGGCUCUACCUGCAAGAAGGGGAGAGUGACGAUUUGGCCCAGGCCGACUGGGUGGCCCUCUGCUGCAAGGUGGACAUCCUUCUUUUCCGAGUCUACCUGUUCAUCCUGGUUGUCUACGCCAGCACUCUGCUGCUACUGUGGGCCAGCUGGAGCUCUGCAUGAGGAGAGGAGGAAUUGUUGUUCAAAUGUUAUCGGCAUGAGGAGAAAAAAAUGUAUUUUUCUUCAACAAAAUGUUAAGUCUUUUUAGUGUUAUUGAUGAGGGCGACUUAAUCCCUUUUCUCCCCCUUUCUUUUGAUACUGUAGCUAGAAGCUAUUAAGUGAACACUGUAUUCCCAUUUACAAUUGGAAGAUGGUGCCCAUAAAUCAAUAUGGGCUGAUGUAUUAACAUAUUCCUUCAACUGAAGAUCUUCAUAAAAAGAUAUCUUACUCCUAUUCUCCGGGUACAUUCCGCAACGUCAAUGUGAUGUUAUUCCACAUUAACUUGAAUCACCAUGCUCCCCUGAAACUCGUACCAAAUCAAUAAAGCACAUUCAAAGCUUAGGCAACUGCAUUCCCUGUUGGUUCACUGAUAGUCAUAAAAAGACACAUGAGCUACUCAUAAAACCCUUGGCUGGGAACAAUCUUUGUAAAUAGAAUUUUCACUUGAACAGCAGACAUUUUUCUUUGAGCAGAUCACAUUACAACCGGUUGUAUGGACACCUCUGAGUUGAGAAGAGAAAUUAAUAAUGGUUAUUGUUUGUUGUAAUGUUAUAUUGUACAUUCAUACUUGUGAUGUAACUUCUUAUUCCCCAUCAUAUCAAGCAAGUCCUGUUGCAAGUUUUUUAUUUAAAUCAACUGUGGCUCUUGGUUUGAUUGUUUAUCCUGUUUUUAGCUGGUGUUAUACAGGGAUAUAGAUGUUUUAGAAUCAUAUCAAAGCCUCCAGCCAGUACAGUGAGUAAAGGUUUCUAUCCAAGAAAAUGUCUGGUUUGCUCUUAAUACACCUGUACGCUUUUAACAGCCUGCAAUGUUAAUCCUUAAUAAAAGAGACUACAUAUUUUCAAGUGUUUUUGUGUGUGUCAUAAAUGGACAUUAUUUUUUCAAUGGUAUUAUCUCGUCCAAUCACAUAAUAAAAGUCAUAAAUGCAAUGUUGUUGUAGAUUUCAGUACGUGUUUCCCCUAAUUAAAAGCAUGA